UGUGGGAAGAUUUUCCCAUUUCUAUCAAAGCUAAAAAUACACCUAAGAAAACACACAGGAGAGAAACCUUAUUCCUGCUCUGACUGUGUGGCGAGUUUCUCUCUUCUGGGCACCUUAAAAACACACCAACGUAUACACACAGGAGAGAAGCCUUACGUCUGCUCUGACUGUGGAAAACGUUUUAAAACAUCAAAUGAGCUAAAAUCUCAUCAGAGAACACACACAGGAGAGAAGCCUUACGUCUGCCCUGACUGUGGAACUAGUUUCUCUCACCUUUCCACCUUAAAAACACACGAACGUAUACAUACAGGAGAGAAGCCUUACUGCUGCUCUGACUGUGGAAAACGUUUCUCUCUUCUGGGCACCUUAAAAACACACCAACGUAUACACACAGGAGAGAAGCCUUACGUCUGCUCUGACUGUGGAACUUGUUUCUCUCAACUUUCCCACUUAAAAUCACAUGAACGUGUACAUACAGGAGAGAAGCCUUACUCCUGCUCUGACUGUGGAAAACGUUUUCAAACAUACGCUCAGCUAAAGGUUCAUCAGAGAACACACACAGGAGAGAAGCCUUACGUCUGCUCUGACUGUGGAACUUGUUUCUCUCAACUUUCCCACUUAAAAUCACAUGAACGUGUACAUACAGGAGAGAAGCCUUACUCCUGCUCUGACUGUGGAAAACGUUUUAAAACAUACGCUCAGCUAAAAGUUCAUCAGAGAACACACGCAUGAGAGAAGCCUGCUUAUGUCUGCUCUGACUUUUGGGUGAGUUUCUCUCACCAUAGCAUCUUAACACACCAAUGUAUACACACAGGGGAGAAGCCUUACUCCUGCUCUGUGGAGGGGUGGGCGUGUAAGUCAAACGUCUAACCAAAAGCUGCGUGUUUGAAUCUUAUCAAGGAGGACUUUUAGCAUUUUAGCUCAUAGCAACUUUGUAACUACUUAUUACUUUUUAGCUAUGUUAGCAUGUUAGCUAAUCUUUUCCCUAAACCCAUUUAACUCUACCUUAAAACUUCUUAGGGCUGCAAUCCCGAUAACGGGAUCGAUAUGACAACAGCCAGUGGAAGUGCAGGGCGCCAAAUUCAA